AGUCAGCCCCACACUUCCUCUCCCUCAACCCCCAGCCUCCAACCCAUCUUUCUCUAUCUGAUGCCAUCUCCUCUACUCCUUCAGUCGUUGUCCACCUUCAUCUCAAAGAAUCCUUUCCACACCUUCCUCCCCCCCUGUUCUUCUUUUUCUUUCUUUCAUUACUAUUUAUCCCCCAUCGGGUUGCUUGUUAGUAUUUAGAUAGAAAUGCCAUUAUAAGUUUCGGCCUCUCUGCUUCUCCGGCGAGCGCGGGGGCCAGAUAUGGGAGCCUGCACUUCUAAACCUCCUAAACGCAAUCCCUAUUCUACCCCGGGUCGAAUCCUAGAAGAACCUUUACCACUUCCCGAAACUCCCGCUGCCGACGAUUCUCGGGCACUCGACGCUGUUGAUAAGAAGUCUACUCCUUUCAACUUCUACACUCCCAGCCCUGCACGUUACUUCUUCUCUAAGAAAUCUCCGGCUCUUCCGCUGCCUUCCGCGUCCCCAAGUGCUACCUCCACUCCCAGGAGGACAGUUAAGCGCCCGUUCCCCCCUCCGUCGCCGGCGAAGCAUAUCAAGGCCGUGCUUUUCAGGCGCCAUGGCGGGAAAAGUACAGAGACUAUUCCGGAGGGUGAGGAGGGGGAUGCUGCUGCUGCCGGGGCGGAGCUGGAUAAGAGUUUUGGGUUCUCAAAGCAGUUCACCAGCAAGUAUGAGAUUGUGAAGGAGGUGGGCCGAGGGCACUUUGGGUACACUUGCUCUGCUGUAGCCAAGAAAGGUGAUCUUAAGGGUCAAAAGUUCGCUGUCAAGGUCAUCCCCAAGAACAAGAUGACAACAGCUAUUGCCAUUGAGGAUGUGAGAAGGGAGGUGAAAAUAUUGCGGGCAUUGAAAGUGCAUGCAAAUCUUGUACAGUUCUAUGAUGCAUUUGAAGAUCUAGAUAAUGUUUAUAUAGCAAUGGAGUUGUGCCAAGGAGGAGAGCUCCUAGACAGAAUACUUGCACGAGGUGGAAAAUACACAGAAGAUGAUGCAAAGGUGGUCAUGGUACAGAUACUAGAUGUUGUUGCUUUCUGUCAUCUCCAGGGAGUGGUGCACCGUGACCUUAAACCUGAGUCCUCUGCAGAUGAAAAACUGAAUGACAUAGUUGGAAGUGCAUAUUACGUUGCACCUGAAGUUUUACACAGAUCAUAUACUACAGAGGCUGAUGUGUGGAGUACGGGCGUAAUGGCAUAUAUUCUUUUAUGUGGAAGUCGCCCUUUUUGGGCCCGAACUGAGUCAGGCAUUUUCCGGGCAGUGCUGAAAGCUGAUCCAAGUUUUGAUGAAGCACCAUGGCCUUCCUUGUCUUCAGAGGCUAAAGAUUUUGUUAAGCGUCUACUAAAUAAAGACCCACGUAAACGGAUGACUGCUGCACAGGCUCUAAGUCAUCCCUGGAUCCGGAAUUACAAUGGUGUGAAAGCUCCUAUUGAUAUUCUUGUAUUGAGACUAAUGAAAGCCUACAUGCGCUCACCAUCAUUGCGGAAAGCUGCUUUAAGGGCAUUGUCUAAGACGUUGACUGCAGAUGAACUCUUCUAUUUGAAGCAGCAGUUUACAUUAUUGGAGCCCAACAAAAAUGGCUCUAUAACAUUAGAGAACAUCAAAACGGCAUUGGUGAAGAACUCUACAGAUGCUAUGGAGGACUCCAGGGUUCCUGAUUUUCUUGCCUCGCUAAAUGCACUUCAAUAUCGAAAGAUGGAUUUUGAAGAGUUUUGUGCGGCUGCAUCCAGUGUCCAUCAGUUGGAGGCACUUGAUCGCUGGGAAGAACAUGCUCGUGGUGCUUAUGAGGUCUUUGAGAAGGAAGGAAACCGAGCUAUUGUCAUUGAAGAACUUGCAUCGGAACUUGGACUUGGUCCUUCAGUGCCAGUUCAUGCCGUACUUCAUGACUGGAUAAGGCACACUGAUGGGAAGCUUAGCUUCCUUGGAUUUGUUAAAUUAUUGCACGGCCCCUCUACCAGAACACACUCAAAAGUGCCUUGAAAACUGGAAACGGAAUUCUGCUCUGGCACAAAAGUUUCCUACGCUCGGUGCACUGGCAAUUUUUGCCCCUUCAGUUUGUCUUCAAGGUAAAUUGUAGGCGUUUAUGGCACGCCGAUUGCGCUCUGGGUGCUUGACCGGGCAUCAAUUUCACUUUUGAUUGACCUCAGAUCCAGAUGGUAGACUGCUGUGCCUACUUUGAUCGUUUUGCCAUUUCUUGGAAGUCGUCAGAGAUCCUAUCGGGUACAAGGAUUGUUCAAUUCUCUAAUAUUAUUGCUUCACACGGAUUACUAAAUGUUAUAGCUAAAUUACAUAGAUAUCAUAGUUGAAAUCUCUAUUCAUGGCAUGGUGGUUGCUUCAGUAGAAAUCAAAGAUGUAGGAGGACCAAGAUGUGUAUACUGUAAUUAGAUUGGAUGGGUGGGAGUGGUUUGCAGUUGACAUCAAGCAAGAAGUUGUCUGCUGUUGGACAAAAAACCAUAUGAUAAGGCAAUUACAUGUAUAGAGCAGUAGUUUCUGUUUAUAGCCAUGUUGCAGAGCAAUCUAUGCGCAUUAUUCAUCUUCUUCUGCUGAUGUAUUAAAACACCUUCAAACGUAUCCGCAUGUUAGGUUGCUUCUUUUGUGCUCUCCUAG